GCGUUACGUACAAUAAUAAUAAUUUUUAUCCUAAUUUUUUUGUUCGACCGAUAUCAAAAAUUAUUAGGUUCAAGUGAUUAAAUAGUUGUUGCUCUAGUGUGCGAGCGAAUAAUCAAUGUUUUGUGAGUAUUAAAAGAAGAGAACGUGUUCGAGCAAGUUCCAAGUAUUGACGUUUUUCAUACUAAAUCCACUAUUUGUUAACAUUCUAAAUAUGACACCGGGAAAGAAAAUUGCCGGCUCUAAAAAUGUUAAGCAAAAAUCAAAAUUAUCAAAACCAAUUAAUCGUAAGAGUUCAUUACCGUUGGAUAGAGUUGCUAUGUUGGUUGAAGAAGCUAAUGAGAUAAGUCAAUUAUUGAAUAAAGACUAUGUAUUUGUUAAGGCUGCUGAAGAAAGUGAUGACGAAAAAGAGAGAAUUAUAAAAGUGAUUAACAUUCAGAUGUCUCUCAGCACGAGAUGGUCGAUAAUUAAAUUAAAAGAACGUCUUGUUCAAAUGAGAAAGUUAUUAUAUGAGGUAAGCAAUAAUUUAUAUUUUCACUAUUCUGCUAGCAUAUUUGUGUGCUGGAGGUAUUUAAAUUGCUUUUAUCUUUCAAUUGUGAUAUUAUAUCAUGAUAUUAAGUGUUAUUUAAGACUAAAUAGGUGGAAAACACAAGGUAAUUUUUUUUUGGAAUUGAAAUAUUCGCCCCUCGUGGGAUUAUAUACAAAACAGUCGACAAAUAGACUAAAGGAUUAACAUUUUAUUUCAUGCUGCUUUUUUUUUAUCAGCAAGAUUCUAUCCUGAUAAGCAAUGAAGACGAAGUGUUUUUUGAUCCGAACGAUACCUGGACGAAAGAGGAUUUAACUAAAUACUCCGAUAUCCUUGCUAAAAGGAAAUUGCCCAAAGAUUCGCUGAUAAGCUUAGACGUAUCUGUUGCUGAUUUACUCCUGACUAUGGAAACCGAAGAAAGAGCAUCUCCCAAAUCAGACGAACUUAUACCAGUAAAGGACGUACCUAAUUCAACUGAUAAUCAUAUUCCACUAACUCCUCAACUCUCAAAUAAUAGUGAUUCAUUAAAUAUAUUCAAACAGUGCGAAGACGUUUUAUACUCAAUUAAGAAAAGCCAAAACGAAGAACAACCAAGUUUUAUUGAUAGUAUUAUAUCAAAUUGCCAGAGGCUAAUCAACACCUUUCAAGUGUUCGCUGUGAACGAGGAAAAGUCUAUGUUUCAUUGUAUUCCUGCUUUGGAGAAAUUAGACACUGUCUCCAAUCUAUGGCGUCGUACAGUUCGUAGUACAGUCCUAAGUAGAACGACUGGAGAUUCGCUUAGGGAUUCGAUUCGGGAAUUAACCAAUAAUCUGCUAUUAUUCGUCCAAACUCGCCGAGGCUUGUCGGACUGUGAAAAAAGCGUUUUAAAAACGGUUUUUGCUGCUUCCUCUUUGGCAUUAAUUGCUGGAGAUACGCCCUCUUGUCUUCGCAAAAAAAGUAGACGCACUUCAGUGUCCACUCAGACUAUAAACGCCGAUUUAAUAACAUUCGAUGGAGAUGAAGAGGAUAUUACGCAACCGCUUAUUCAAUUAAAUGUUAGAAAAUCGAUAUUAGAGGGGGCAAAGGCUGCUUCAGAUUGCGUUUUUGAGGUUGUUAAACAAUCAUUAAAGGCUAACGAGGAAGAGAUAUUAGAAAAGAAUCUCAAAGAUGUUAUAAGAACCUCUAUAGACAUUGUUUCGGCACUGGCUACCAGAAUCAUGGAUGUGGAAGAAGAUCAUAAAAUCUGGAAGAAUUUUCGUCGGGACAUUACCCAGAUCAAUUCUCUGGCCGAUAGCGUCACGCUAAUGGUUACAGCAAGCCGUACAACUCCCCAAGCAAAUGGAAGAUGUGCUCAAAUGGUCCUUAAAUCUCUGGUGACAUUGACACAGCAUUAUCCACUUUUUGAAUCUGCUCUUAUAGCUGUUCGUCAUUCUAUAAAAAACAUUAAACUAUCCCCGGGUGAUAACAGCGUUCGACUCUUGCCACCAGUACCGUCUGUUGAAUUAUCUACAUAAUACAAUCAAAGAAUCAAUUUGCAAUCAAUUUCAAUGAGAAUCGAUCUCUUUCCGUAUUUCAAGGAAUUGCCGAAAUAAAGAUUAUUGCGUAAAUUCUUUCAUCUUUUGUUCAAUUUUCUGUUUCUAGGGCACGGCAUUUCUUUUAUUCCUAUGCGACGUUUGCGUGUAACGUAAAUAGACGUCUACCAUAUAAAGGAUAAACGCCGCUCAUUUAAUUAUGAAUCACGGAAGAAUUUCGAUCUAAACUCACUAGAUGGCAGCAGAAGUGUUUUUGGCGGGGGAAAAGGAAAGAGAAGAGAGAGAGAGAGAGAUGAAGAGAAAAGGGAUAGAGAACUAAUUACAAUAUGUCGUUUCUUUUAUUUUGCUAGUGGAAUUGAUAUUCUAAGAAAUUUACUCCAUAUUUGCAAAUUAAAUCAUUCACAUUCAAUAAGAUAUUCUAUUAUGAAAAGAGUUAAAAAACUUUUCAAAAUUGUUCCCUUUCACGGAUAGUCC